AUGAUUUUGCUUGUUUUAUCUCGGUUCAGUUUCACAACAAUCACCAACUUGAAUAUGCUGAUUUUCAAGCCUCUCGUCAUAUCACUGGGCGUUGCCGGAGCAUACGCUGCUACUGCCACAACAUCUGCGCAGACAUCAUCCGUCACCGGGUGCCACAACCAUGGCUCAAGCAUAUAUUGUAUCAAUGGAGAAGGCCAAGAGGUUUUAGUAUCGGCAUCAUCUACCCCUACAACUGGGGUGCCAGCACAAUAUACCGGUUGCCAUUCUCAUGGCAGCGAAUCAUACUGUAUGGAUGCAGAUGGAAAUGAUGUUCUCAUAGGAGAAGGGGCUGCAGAGGAGAGUAGUGAUGAGCACAGUGAUCACGAUCACGAAGAAUCUUCUAGUGGGACUGAACAGAAUUGUCACUUCCAUGCUGGUGUUGAACACUGUGUCGGCUCAGGUGAAUCAGAAAACAGCCAUGCAUCAUGCAGCGUCCAGACAAGAGAUUACGACAUACCUUUGCGCAUUGGAACAUUGUUCGUUAUCCUUGUAACGAGCGCGAUCGGUGUUUUUGCGCCUAUUCUUCUAAUGAAGCUUCCAUUCGCCACUAUCAACGGUGUCGUCUCAACCGUUAUCAAACAGUUUGGAACCGGCAUCAUUCUAUCUACGGCCUUUGUCCACCUAUACACACAUGCGAAUCUUAUGUUCACCAACGAGUGUCUGGGUGAGCUAGAUUAUGAAGCUACAACAUCUGCGGUCGUGAUGGGUGGUAUUUUCCUCGCCUUUUUGCUGGAGUACAUUGGCCACAGAAUCAUUGUUGCCCGCAACAGCAAGACUGCCGCGGAAACUACCGAGGUCGAAUCCCAGCCCACACACCAUAAGGGUCAUUAUAACGAAUCUCCCGAGCAGCCUCAGCAGUCUACUCUGGCUUGCCUUGGGCACAGUCACGGAAACUCUGAUCCUACACAACCCGCCAACAAAUUUUCUGUGCUCGUCAUGGAAGCAGGUGUACUGUUCCACAGUAUUUUGAUUGGUCUCACUCUGGUUGUUGCUGGGGACUCCUUCUACAAGACACUUCUGGUAGUCAUCGUCUUUCAUCAAUUUUUUGAGGGAUUGGCGCUCGGUGCUCGUAUUGCAACCCUUCCCGGUGCCAUCUUCCCUUCUAAAGUCGGGAUGGCGGCGGCAUUCGCAUUGAUCACACCCAUUGGAAUGGCAAUCGGGCUUGGUGUUCUGAACUCUUUCAAUGGAAACUCUCGGGGUACCUUGAUUGCUCUGGGAACACUGGAUGCGCUUUCCGCUGGUAUUCUAGUGUGGGUUGGUGUCGUUGAUAUGUGGGCUCGGGAUUGGGUGAUCGAAGGGGGCGAGAUGUUGAAUGCAACAAUAGGAAAGGUCUUGACUGGUGGUAUUUCUCUGAUCACUGGAAUGGUUCUGAUGGGAGUCUUGGGGAAAUGGGCUUGA